GCUCAACCUUAACCCCACCAGUGCCCAUUCGCAUACGGUAUCUUCACCCAAUCUCACGCCGUCUUCCUACACAGAGCGAGCACGCACACACUCACGAUGCCCGAAAAGCCACCAUCGCGAAACGACAUCCCGCUGGAGGAUGUGCUCCGCCAAGACCGCGGGGACUGCCUCCCGUGCCGUGUGAUCGGCUCGGUGGCAUUCAUGGGCCUCGGCGGGUACACAUACAUCUCGGGAAUGUCGCAGCUGGCGGCGAAGGAGGCCGAGAUCGCACGGGCGAAUACGCGCUUCGGCAUCGGCAUUCGGCGCCUGGGUAUUCAGGGCACCGCUGUGGGAUUGUUUGGGCUGGGAGUUUACAGGUGGUUCUUUACAUAGGAGAGGGAGUCGGUUGACAUGGUGGAUAUCCGCAAUUGAGGUUGAAUUUUUUGCAUGGUUGGGGUUAGGUGUGAAGUCGAACAAAAGUGGAUCAUGAAAUAUCACCCUACUCCCUAUGCUGUAGACCUGAAGUGUACGAGUAGCAAGUCCAGAAGGCAGCACAAUGGGGUGGAACCGGGUUGUAACCGCCAUGAUCUGGACGAUAAAGUCGAAUGCAAUGAUUACAC